AUGGCGGCUCUUCGUGUUUGUAUUCUAUUUGUAGGAUAUAUUUUGUUGGUGUACAUCAUUCUGCCUAGCUUUGGCGGCAGUCAGGAAGAAGAAGAAGGCGAUGAAAAGAAAAAAGAGUCAUGUACAUAUUUUGAUCCUCACCGUUUUCCUGAACCCCAACAUGGUCUGGUUAACUGUUCCUGGUAUGCUCCGAAAGCCUGCUGUAAAAGGACUGAAGUGACCUCAGUUUUCAGCAACAUGUACCCACUGUUUGGGGCCUCGGAAGACUGCAUGAAUCGAAUGAACUACUUAAUGUGCUAUUUUUGUAGUCCCGAGCAGUACCGGUGGUAUAAUGGGAAAGUUCAUGUUUGUGAAGAAUACUGCAUUGAUGUCUAUGAUAAAUGUCGACUGGCCUCCUUUGAGGGUGUUGCAAUUGGAAGUGCAUAUGGAAAUAGUACUGCAUUCUGUAAUGCGCAAAACUUUGAGGUAAUAGAAGGAACUCAUAACUGCUUUGAAUUUGAUCCCCUGCCAUUUGCUGGAGUCAGUCGUCUCAUCGCACCACUCUCCGUUUGUCUGUGCCUUCUCACAAGUGCAGCUGAUAUCUUGCUCUGA